AUGAGCACGCCCGGUCAUACCAUAUCCGGCGAGAUGCCUUCCUUCCUCACCAACGUUCCUGCCUACACACGCUCGCGGUCGCUGGCGUUACCUGCGUCCCAGCGACGCGGCUCAGCGAUCGCAAACGCCAUUGGUUUGCGGAAGAGAAGCGAGCUCGAUAUCGUGCUGGAUGGCGAUGCAGAUUUCGUGCACUCGUAUUCCACCUACGACGAGAUCAAGGGUCAUGCUGUGAUCAAAUUUGAGAAGGAUACCUCGUUUGAUGACCUGAAUAUCACCUUCGAGGGCCAAACUUGCACUUACGUCGAGAAGAUCGCUACCACCGCUCCCACGACUGGUCGUACGACAGGAAGGCACACGUUUCUCAAAGUCCAGCAGCCAAUCGCCGAGGGCCUGCUACCCGAAAAUGGCCUGUUCGAAGCAGGCGUGACCUAUACCGUCCCGUUCACCUUCGUCGUGCCCGACAGAUUACUUCCUUUCAUCUGCUCUCACAAGGUCGAUACCGAGCAGAUCAGGAGAGAGCAUCUGCAGCUUCCUCCAAGCUUGGGCGACCCAAGUGUCUCAGGAGAUGGACACAUGUUGAUGGACGAUCUUGCUCCUGAAAUGUCCAAGAUUUCCUACAGCAUUCGAGCCAGGAUCACAAAAUGGAAUGCCACCGGCAGACUACUGGAGGUCGCAGACAAGUUAGAGCGCAUUCGGAUCGUGCCUGCAAGAGAAGAAGCACCGCCGGUCGAAGUCGACGACAUGGAGUCAGACUACAUCAUGCGCAAGGAGAAGAGCGUCAAGAAGGGUCUGUUCAAGAUCGGUAAGGUCGGUCGUCUGACGGCAGAGACGACCCAGCCGAGAAGUCUGCGGCUACCUCACCCACAGAACCGGCAGCCUGAGCCCGUCUCGACAAUGGCCACGAUCAACCUGCGCUUCGAUCCCGCUUCUCUGGAGGAUUUGCCGCCACAGUUAGAUUCGAUUGUCAGCAAGCUGAAGGUCUACACUUUCUUCGGCGCUGCCCCGUACAAAAUCACACCCGCCGCACGGAGGCACGACAACUGGUCCACGCUGCACGGUAUCUACCCUGAGAGCGUCUCGCUGUCUUCGCGUGCGUUGUCAACCGUCUCGUGGGUCCGCCAUGGCCCUGCAGAACGUGAGAGCUUCUCCUCCUCGGAUUUGUCCCGACGGCCAUCAGGCUACUCGACCACCUCGACGACUUCAAUCCCCGAACCAUCGUGUGCCUAUGAGUCUGGCUCGCCUUACUAUACCGCAAGACUUCCUGUCCCGAUCGCCCUCCCUACUGCCUCGGGCAGCAGCCGGCCAAAAGUGUUCGUACCGACAUUCCAUUCCUGUAUCGUCUCAAGGACCUAUUCUCUCGAGUUGAAUAUCUCCUUCCGGACCCCAGGCACGAACAUCUCCAGCAGCCACGUGACCCUCAAGACGCCCAUUCAAAUCUCAUCCGAGGGUGGGAUUCGGCCCCUACAAAUCCAGGAGACCGAAGCCGCCAUCGCCGCCGAGAUCGAGCAGCAAUUCGGGCUCUACGAGGCUAAUCAGCUCGAAGAAGCUGGCCUCGGGCUCGAAAGCCCCGUGUACGAAGAGACCGAGCCGGACACGUUCAUCUCGGGAACAAGACACAUGAGUCUCGCACAGCCUGUCCCGUCACCGGCACGAGCACCAGCACUGCACUCCGGCGUCGAUGCCAGUGCCCCGCCCGAAUAUAGAGCUGGUGCAUUCAACACGUACAGCUCUAGGGAUAGGUUGGGUGGACCUAGAACCCAAGCUGUGAGUCUCCCUGCCCCCACGGCAUAG